GGUUUUUUUUUGCUUGUCGUUCGCUCGUAAACCAAACGCUUGUUGAAAAGCUGCCACUUUUGCAGGCGGCCGGGAUUCUUUCUUUCUUUUUCGUGUAUUUUGGGAUUAAAAUACCUAAUUCAUAGUGGAAAUUCUAAGUGAAUAAGUGCGUCUUGCAAAUCAUCUGCCAAAAUGACGAUCGGCAAGAACAACAAAAUGAUCCAGCUCCUGAAUUAUCGGGUGCGGAUUGUUUUGCAGGAUUCGCGAACCUUCAUCGGAACGUUCAAAGCCUUCGACAAGCACAUGAACCUAAUCCUGGGGGACUGCGAGGAGUUCCGUAAAAUCAAACCCAAGAACACAAAGCUGCCAGAGCGGGAAGAAAAGCGCGUUUUGGGAUUCGUCCUGCUGCGGGGCGGGAACAUUGUGUCUCUGACGGUUGAAGGUCCUCCGCCACCGGAGGAAGGCCUUCCGCGAGUGCCGAUUCCUGGUGGUGCUCCCGGGCCCGGAAUGGGACGUGUGGCAGGGCGUGGAAUGCCGGCCAAUAUUACUUCGGUUCCGGCCGGAUUGCAAGGACCGGUUCGCGGAGUUGGAGGACCAUCUCAGCAGCAUAUGGCCCCGGUGGGACGUGGUGGGCAGGUUUCGGCUCCACCGCAGAUGCGGCCAAUGAUUCCUGGUGGGCCACCGCCCGGUAUGAUGCCCGGACCGGGAGGACUCGCCCAGAUGGCGGGCAUGGCCCGAGGUGCUCCACCACCGAUGAGAGGUCCGCCGCCCGGCAUGAUGCGGGGAGGUCCUCCACCGAGGCCGUAUUAGGAGGUAACGUCGAGAGGCGCAUUUAGGGUAAGGUAUUGAAAGAAUUUUCCUAUGGCAUUCUUUUCACUGUGUAAUUUCGGUAAGAAUCAAUAAAACUGGAUGAACUAAUGUAAAA